GCCCGAAGACGACGGUCCAGGUCACCAUCGAGGCCAACUCCGUUCCCGAGGAGGAGUACCUGACCACUGGCGUUCAAGUGAAGCUCAAAGCCACUAUGCAAACCUUGGCAGAGGAGCUGGAUGCGGAGGCGGGCCACGCCGAUGCAGACACCGAGUUAAAGCUGCGAGUGAUGGCCAUGGAUGCUGUGAGGCAGAGUCGUGGCUUGCUGGAUGGCACCAUGAUGCGUUUGGUGGCCUUCAACUGCUCCGCCCCGGGGCUCCGGAGCUUCGAGCUGAGCACGGGCGUGGACCUGCAGAAGGCAUUGCACGAGGUCACCACGACGGUGGACGGAGUUUGUGUCUUGAAAGGCAGUCCCAAGGCUGCCGACGUCCAGGCUCAGAAGGUGUUGGACACCGCGCUGCUCCAGGCCGUGGCGCGCCAGCGCGCAGCAGCGGCAAGCGAAACGAAGAAAGCUGUGCGCCAUGCGCACACGGCGCUCAAGCAGUUGCAGUCGGAGGCCCUUCAGAUGCAGCCGAAUUCGACCUUGCUUAGGGCCGUGAAAGAGGUCUUGGCGUCUCGCCGCAACAGCUCGGAGUCCCUGGCCAAGGCCAUUGAGAAGGUGAAUGCCACGAUGUCACCCAAGACCAAGGUCAUCCGGACUCA